CGUUGGGAAUAAGCCACCAAACCCCUUCGCCUGGAGUCUUUGUUAAGUUAGAAGUUAGAAUUAGAUGAAUUCAAACAGCGACCGCUAUAAAUAGCACAAAACCCACUUUUUUGUCUUAAAAUCAAAGGAAAAAUCUAAAUAUACAGCCAAAACAACAAACAAAAAAGAAGACAAACUUUCUCUCUUUCGUUCUCCGAUUUGCUCGCUCAGUAAUUUACGCGCUUUCGUAGCCGAUUUCAAGGGAUUUUCGGGGUUUCAUAAAGCAAUGAGCGACCACCUGGUGCUGUUCGUUGACCGUCUGAUUAGGCCUGGAGCUUUGCAACCGGUGGCGCUGGACUCGUCUGAGAUUGUUUCUGGGUCGGCUGGUGGUGCUGCUGCUGUUGACGGACCUGGCUCGAACGCAGCUGCGCCAUCUAGUUCCGUGACGGAGGAGAAAAUGUUGGAGCAAGAUGAAGAUUUGGGUGAGGAGGAACCUCUGAUUCAAUCAGCGGAAUGUCGUAUAUGCCAGGAGGAGGAUAGCAUCAAGGAUUUGGAGACGCCUUGUGCUUGUAGCGGAAGCCUUAAGUAUGCUCAUAGGAAGUGUGUUCAGCACUGGUGUAAUGAGAAAGGAGAUACAAUUUGUGAGAUCUGCCAUCAGCCAUACCAACCUGGUUACACUGCUCCUCCUCCACCUCCUAACCCUGAUGAAACUGCCAUUGACAUAGGUGGAGGCUGGACCAUAUCUGGUACUCCUUUGGAAUUGGAUCCUCGCCUAUUGGCAAUUGCAGAAGCAGAGCGUCACUUUCUGGAAGCCGAGUAUGAUGAUUAUGCUGCUUCUAGUGCCAGUGGAGCUGCUUACUGCCGCUCAGUUGCCUUAAUUUUAAUGGCCCUUCUUCUCUUGCGACAUGCAUUGGGCAUUACAGAUCCUGAUGCAGAUGAUGAAACUUCUGCUUUUUUCUCUCUUUUCUUGCUCCGGGCUGCUGGCUUUCUUCUACCCUGCUAUAUCAUGGCUUGGGCCAUCAGUAUGUUACAGCGCCGAAGGCAAAGACAGGAAGCUGCAGCAUUGGCAGCAACACAAGUUGCAUUUGUUUUGCAAUCUGGACAACGUAGGGGUUUGCAGUUUGCAAUAGCGUCAGGACGACCAGCAGCAGCUUCGCCACCAGCACCAGCAACAGCACCAGCAACAGGUCCUGCAUUGAGUUCAGCUGAAGAAGCUGUUUAAGGUUGUAAUAGGCAGCAAGAAAUUCUUGGGAGUUGUAUGUGUUAUUAUUGCAUGGAGAGGGAGAGUGAUUCAGCGGAAUGUGAUUAAAAAAAAAAAUUAAUAAGUGGAAAACCUUUCCUCUGUUUAAAUGUAUGAAAAAGAUUAUUAAAGAAGAGAAAUUGGUGCGUGUGGACGUCCAAUUCAUUUCAUCAUUAAAAUAUGGUGGCUACCAUCACCCUCUUCUAAUUGGUUUGGUGGUGCCCAUAUUGGUUUCUAUCUUUCUUUUUCUCUAUCUCAUCCUUUUCUUUGUAAAUAUCGAUUUCAAAGGAUAAAGUAGAUAAUCUCAUGGUUGGAAUGUCUCAUCGUGUUCAGCAAUGACAUCUGUCUCUAGCUGUAUCUUUUGUUUCAAUCUUAGUUCUUCCUUUUUAUUAUAAUUAAUAAACUAAUGUUUAUGGCUCUAUUAGCUUUA